GACAAAUCUGUUUCUCCUGCCGGUGUGCACGGCUCGGAUUUCAUACACCAAGACACAUUUGCUUGGACCUUCAUCAACGAACCACAUUGACCUACAUUCCUACGAGAAGCACCAGCUCUUAACUCGAGGAUUGCGACCCAGGGCCCGCUGACCUCGAUCAAUUGCGACUCCGCAAGAAAGCAUCGAGUCGGCUACCAGAAACAGCCCUAAAAAGACUCGCUCGUCCCGAGGGGUCGUAUCGCACACGGGGAUUCCACCGCAUCAUCUGCAUCGCGAAGCGCUCGCUGAUGGACCAGUGCGUUUGAUCCCGAAACGCGGGAUUCGAACAGGAACGUUUCGGCGCCACCGUGACGGCCGCGCUACCUCGCGGCGGUGAACAUGGCGGCCCAAUCGACACUACGACAGUCGGUCGCCGAGGAGGCCAUCGCUGCUUUUAUCGACAAGUACACCGAACUCAUCCGUUCCAAGCUCCGUAAGACCUCCCGAACGACCCGCCUCCUUGCCACGCUCGCCCUCGUCACGUCCAUCAUCCUCGCCGGUGAAGGUGCCCGCCGUCGGUGGAAACGCAAGCGCGAUGAGAGAGAACAGGGUAGAAAGUUGGUGCGCACCAACUCGUGGCUCCAUAACAAGGAUGGCUCCCGCACCAUCUACGUCCCGUACCGAAAUCGCGACCGCCCAGCUAAGGUGGUCAUCCACACGACCAAGCCUCUAACCUUCCAGGCACACCGGCGCCUGUUUUUGAAUCCGCCUAGAGUGUCCGGUUUGGGUGAUGGAACAGUCCCUUCGGCCCAGACCAAGCCCGGCCUGAACCUGGCCUUCCUCCAUCAGUUCCUUAGCCUGAUGAGUAUCAUGAUCCCGCACUGGAACAGCAAGGAGGCUGGCCUGCUGUUGAGCCACAGCGCUUUCCUGAUGCUGCGCACCUACAUGUCUCUGGUCGUCGCCCGCUUGGACGGCGAGAUCGUGCGCGACCUCGUGGCGGGUAACGGCAAGUCCUUCUUGUGGGGUCUGGUCAAGUGGUGCGGUCUCGGCGGCUUCGCCUCUUACACCAACGCCAUGAUCAAAUUCCUCGAGUGCAAGGUGUCGAUCGCUUUCCGUACCCGGCUGACUCGGUAUAUCCACGAUCUGUAUCUGAAUGACAACCUCAACUACUACAAGGUCCACAACCUGGACGGCGGCCUGGGAUCGGGGGCGGACCAAUUUAUCACUCAGGACCUCACGCAGUUCUGCGCAGCCGCAGCGAGCCUCUACUCCUCGCUGGGGAAGCCAUUUGUUGAUAUCUGCGUCUUUAACUACCAGCUCUACCGUUCGCUUGGCCCGCUUGCCGCGCUGGGCCUGAUGAGCAACUACUUCAUAACCGCCAGCAUCCUUCGGAAGAUGUCCCCGCCGUUCGCCAGGCUCAAAGCCGUCGAGGGUAGAAAAGAAGGCGACUUUCGCAGCCUGCACGCUCGCCUGAUUGCUAAUGCCGAAGAAAUCGCCUUCUACGGCGGGGCCGAGACGGAGAAGACAUUUCUCGACAAGGAGUUCAAGUCGCUCUCCAAAUGGAUGAAUGACGUUUACCACCUCAAGAUCAGGUACAACAUGCUGGAGGACUUCAUCCUCAAGUACAGCUGGAGCGCCUACGGCUACAUCUUGUCGUCGCUGCCCGUCUUCCUCCCCGCCUGGGGCGGUCUCGGCGGCAAGUCGGAGCAAGCCGAGCACGCCGUCCAAGGCGGCCGUGAACGGACGCGCAUGAAGGACUUCAUCACCAACAAGCGGUUGAUGUUGUCACUCGCCGACGCUGGCGGCCGUAUGAUGUACUCGUUGAAGGAUCUCUCGGAGCUCGCCGGUUACACCAGCCGCGUGUACACGCUCAUUUCGACCCUUCACAGGGUUCACGCGGGCGCGUACCACGCCAAGGCCAGGGAUAACGAACUGUUCUCCCUCUCGGACGUCCAGGGCACCACGCAACUAGGGUUUGACGGGGUGCGCUUGGAGAAUGUCCCGAUCGUCGCCCCUGCGCUGUGGCCCCAGGGCGGCGAGGAGUUGAUCGAGUCGCUGUCGAUGAUUGUUCGUCGCGGCGACCACCUGCUCAUCUCGGGCCCCAACGGUGUCGGCAAGAGCGCCAUUGCCCGGGUCAUAGCAGGACUGUGGCCCGUCUACCGCGGCUUGGUCAGCCGCCCCAAGGCCACCGGCGAGGAUGGAAUCAUGUUCCUUCCCCAGCGGCCGUACCUCAGCAUCGGCACCCUCCGCGAUCAGGUCAUCUACCCGGACGGCGAGGCCGACAUGCGCGAGAAGCGGAAGAACGACUCGUACCUGCAGUACGUACUCGAACUUGCCCGCCUGGGAUACCUGCCGGAGCGCGAGGGCGGGUGGAACACCCGCAAGGAGUGGAAGGACGUGUUGAGCGGCGGUGAGAAGCAGCGUCUGGCCAUCGCCAGGCUGCUCUACCACGAACCCAAGUACGCCUUUAUCGACGAGGGCACGAGCGCCGUGUCGAGCGAUGUCGAGGGGCUGCUGUAUCAGACCUGCAAAGAGAAGGGAAUUACCCUCAUUACCAUCUCGACGCGCGCCUCUCUCAAGAAGUACCAUACCUUCAACCUGGUACUCGGCCAGGGCGAGGACGGCGACCGCUGGGAGCUGCAGCGCAUCGGCACGGAGACGGAGAAGAUGCACGCUAGGCGCGAGCUCGAGGAGCUGCGCGAGAAGCUGGCGCAGGUUGACAAGUGGAGGGCGCGCCACGCCGAGAUUGAGCGCGAGCUCGCCAAGGUUUGGGUCGAGGGCGGCGAGGAGCUCGCUGCCGAAGGCGGUCAGGAGGGCGAGGGUGAGGGGAAGGCUAAAGUUGCGGCUGAUGCCGGUGCUAAUGUUGGGACCGAGGGUAACGCUGGGGAAGUCGAUGGUGAGGAGACGCCGGGCAAGGGCCAAGAGGAGGAGGUGGUGGUUGGCGUGGAGCAACCCGAGACGGAGACGGAGGCCGACUACCAGGAGGCGCAGGAGGAGAUGGAGGAUGAGACGGAGACGGAGACAGAAGUGGAAACUGCGACGCAAAAACACGGCGGGGCCGAGGAGGGCAGCAGCGCCGGCGAAGGGUCGGGUGUUGUUGUAUAAUGUCGUCUGGUUCUUUUAUCCCUGACUUGAGGGGGUGGCUAGCGUGGUUACAUAUCCGGGGUAUCGGGAAGGCGGCAUGUAGUCGUAUAUACAGCGUCUUGUGUGCAUUGUUUAUCAUCAUGCCACUGUGGGCUGUCCAGUUGGCUUGAUACACGAGCGGUCCCAGAUGAAGAACAGAGCUUCGUGGAGUUUUGUUCCGACCCGAG